AGAGAACUGAAGGAGAGAAAUUUUCGAAGUCAAACUGGACGCCAGAGCAUACAAUUUCUGACGCUGAAGCCAGUGCCAGCCGUGACGUGACGGGACGUUCAGGAUUCUCAAGCUUUUAGUUUCAUUAUUCUGUGACGGUAAUUUGUAGUAUUGAGAACCCGUUUUGCGAAUCUGUCAGUCACAAUGGCGGCCCAAGCUGUCGUCUCCUCGUCGCUCGCGUCGCCAGCAUUCGCCGUCGCGAAUGUCGCCUCGCAACAAAAUGUCCAAUCGCGAAUGAGCCUUACAGCACGCCCGGCAAUGCGGCUCUACCGGCAGACAGCCGUCAGCCGCUGCCGGCCGUCAACUCUGGCGGUGCGUGCCGCGUCAGACGGUCAGCCGGCAACGGAGACGGCUGAAUCUCAGCCGGCGUCGUUCGAUGCGUCGCUCGUGAGCAAGAACAACGUUUUGGUACCUGACUCAGAGAUGAGCAUCACCAAGACGUCCUUUGGCACCAUCGGGCUCACAGUGGGUCUGCUGCUGCUCUCCUACGGCUUCGGCGCCUACUUCCAGUUCCUCCCCGGCUCCGAGUCGUCCGCGCUCAUGCUCACCUACGGCUUCCCGCUCGCACUGAUCGGAUUCGCCCUCAAGUACGCAGAGCUGAAGCCAGUGCCAUGCACCUCGUAUGCUGACGCUGUGGCGCUGAGGGAGCAGCAGGCCACUCCCAUCCUCAAGCAGGUGCGCAGUGACGUCACUCGGUUUCGCUACGGAGACGAGCAGCACCUGGAGGAAGCGCUGAAGAGAAUAUUCCGCUACAACCUGUCUGGAGGCGUUCAGCGCAGAAACGCACCCACGCUCACAUCUAUUUCCGAACAGGUGUACAAUGGGCGCUACUCCCUGCUGCUGGUCUUUGAGGCCCCUGCUCUGACCAAGGCCGACUUCACGGACAGACAGGCCAAGAUGACGUCUUUCUUUGGCCCUGGCGUGCAGGCUUUGACUGAGGAGCUUGGACCCAAGACCUUUGGUGUGCGCCUCGUGGCUAUUUAGGAAGGACUAUUGUAUAUGACUGUUGCUCUAUCAUAAAGGGUGAAAACUUGAGAGCCAUCCAUUUGCUGUCUGCAAAGCUGCUUGCGAAGAGUGACUUCCCUCCCAACCAGGCCCCCUAAUUGGUUUUGGGCCUGUCUGAUUCGUCAGAGUCCCCUGCCUUCCCUUGGUAUGGGUGUCAGAGUUACCUCCUUGAAAAAGUCUGAAAAAUCAGAAUAGCUUUCGAUUUUUUGUCUGACCAAUCACAGUCAUAGCCAAACUUUUGUAUGAGACUUUUUCAUGAUUCUUCAUUAGAGAAAGCAAUACAU